AUGUGGAAUUCACCCCAAUCCUCCGUGUCCUCGUGCCGGAAACCCGCUGAAGUGGAAGAGACGCUGAAGAGAAUUUUGGGCCAAAAAGGAGUCCAAGGCCUCAUCAUCGUCAACUCUGAUGGAAUCCCGAUCCGCUCGACUCUGGAUAACACCAGCACGGUGCACUACGCCGGUCUGAUCCACCAGCUAGUGAUGAAGGCACGCAGCACCAUACGCGACAUCGACCCCCUCAAUGACCUGACCUUCCUGCGGCUGCGCUCCAAGAAGAACGAGAUCAUGAUCGCACCAGAUAAGGACUACUUCAUGAUCGUCAUUCAGAAUCCGUCAGACUAA